UUCCACCUUACCCGUGGCCGUGGAUAGUUCUCAGUCAUUAGCGUGUAGUCAACCAUUGACAUAACAUGCAUCUACUCAAAAACUCAAUAAAUGAGCCCAAGAUGGAGCAAAAACUAAGAAUCAGAAUAGGAUUCGUAUGAAGAAAUGGAGUUCGGAAUGGCUAGAGGGGAAGUUUAUCUAAGGGUCUCAGCAAUACUUGUCUUGGUAUUAACUGCUUGUUUAGUUGCUUUUGAUACUCAAACAAAGGUUGUCUUAUUAACUAUUGAGAAGAAGGCUACCUACAAAGACGUGAAUGCUCUCAAGAUCUUGGUCUACAUUACAUCUGCUGCAGCUGGUUAUAAUAUGCUUCAACUAUGCAAACACUCUCUCUCAGCCUAUUCUGGAGGAAAUCCAAAAGGGUCUAGUAUUUCCAUGGCUUGGAUUUGUUUUUUGUUGGAUCAGAUCGCGGUGUACAUGACAUUCGCCACAAACUCUGCAGCACUUGAAGCCUCGGUGCUGGCAAUAACUGGAUCAGAAGCCUUACAGUGGAUGAAGGUAUGUAACAAAUUCAACAGAUUCUGCAUCCAAAUUGGAGGGGCUCUGUUAUGUGGCUAUGUUGCGUCCAUCCUAAUGGCUCUGAUAUCCACUAUCUCAGCCUACAAAGUGUUCAGGAUGUACUCACCAAAGUGGUUUUUGCGUUUAAAGAGAAGAUGAUCAUCAUCUUUCAAAGCAUAUAUACUUGUAUGCUGUGAAGUUUUUAAGCAGAAAAUUAAAAUUGAAGAAGAUGAAGCAUUGUGAAGAAAGGUUCGUGAAAGAGUAAUACAUAGACAUAGUAGCUUACCUUUUGUUGUCAAUUGCUAAUAGAUUAAUGCAAUUUUCUCUCUUUUCCUCAUGUUUUUACCGCCUAAAAUACUUAACGGCAAAAAUUUUCGCACGCCAAAAUCUUUAUAUUAUUUUUGGGAAAUCAUUUUCUCACGUUGUUGAACAUGUUGUGAGAUAUCGAAAU